AUGGAAAUCCUGAUUAUUGGAUUCGAAAGUUUCACUGAUUACAAAAUUCCACUCUUUCUUCUCUUGCUGAUAAUCUACACAUUAACCUGCAUUGAGAACCUCUUGAUCAUCUUUUUGGUUAAUAAAUACCCUCAUCUCCAUUCUCCUAUGUACUUCCUGAUCAGUAAUUUGCUCUUUUGUGAAUUUGUCUAUACUACGAACCUGGUUCCACUGAUGCUGCAUGACUUACUGUUGGGAAGAGGGGUCAUCUCCUUACUUGGUUGUGUUGUCCAAAUUAACGUAUUGGGAGUUUUGUCAGACGUGGCGUCUUUUCUGCUUACAUUAAUGUCAUAUGACAGAUAUUUGGCUAUCUGUAAGCCUCUGAGAUAUUCCGCUCUCAUUCACAAUAGGCUGUGUUUGUAUUUCAUUAUUUUGUUUUGGUUGAUCUCGUUGAUGAUUGUGGCAGGGAUAUCUUACUUUCUGCUUAAUCUGGAAUUUUGUGGCCCUGUGAUCAUCGACCACUUCCAUUGUGACUUCAACAACAUAAAAUCCUCGGCAUGCUCGGACAUAACGUCGUUCGACUUUUUUGUCUUCGUCAUCAGCAUUUCGCUGACAGUUGGACCUUUUGUAUUGAUUGUUUUAUCUUACGCUUUUAUCAUAAACGCAAUUCUCAAGAUAAAGUCCUCAUCGGGACGCCAGAAAGCCUUCUCCACCUGCAGCUCACAUCUCCUGGUGGGGGACUUUGUAUUUUUGCACAGUUUUCAUCUUGUAUGUGGUGCCAAGAGGCAGCUAUUAUUUCCAAGUCUAUAA